AUGCCCACGAAUCUGGAAAUUCCCACAUUGCAGGAGCUGAAGGUGGACGAGAUAAAUGUCUCCUCCGCUGUGCUGAAGGCUGCUGCCCACCAUUUCGGCUCCCAGUGUGACAAACCCAACAAGGAGUUCAUGCUCUGCCGAUGGGAGGAGAAGGACCCCAGGAAGUGUCUAGAAGAAGGGCGGAAGGUCAAUGAGUGUGCACUUAACUUCUUUAGACAGAUCAAGGGGAACUGUGCCGAGUCCUUCACAGAGUACUGGACCUGCCUGGACUAUUCCAGCCUGGCAGAGCUGCGUCAGUGCCGUAAACAGCAGCAAGCCUUCGACAGCUGCGUCCUUGAUAAACUGGGCUGGGAGAGACCUGAACUGGGAGAUCUGUCUAAGGUGACCAAAGUGUCCACCCCACGGCCCAUCCCGGAGAACCCCUACCACUCUAGACCUCGCCCUGAGCCCAACCCCACCAUCGAGGGCAAACUUGAGCCUGCCAAACACGGCAGCAGGUUAUUCUUCUGGAACUGGUGA